GACGAGGAAGUCAGGAGGAGGGACUAAGUGGAGUGGCGUGGUGAAGACUGGAUGUGUGUGUGUGUUAGUGUGUGUGUGGAUGUGGUAAAAGGAGUUGACUGGAUUCCCCCGGACGUCUCCAACCCUGUGGAGUCGUCCUGUAUCUCCCUCCGGAUCCAGAUCCACUUUGGUUCUCCACGCGUAAAAGGGGUGGACGCGUCACUGCCGUGUCCUCCUGCAGAAGAAGAACAGUGUGUGACGAGCUGCCGUGUCCCCACACUUCCAUACCUAUGCUUUCAAUGUCAGCACAGGUAGGACACAGGAUCCCGGAAGAACCCGUAAGGCAGGUUAUCAGGUUGUUUGCGUAGCGCGCGCCGUGUCCUCCACUCCACGAACCAAGUGGGCGCAGAUGGACUUAACGUCGAUCAGUUUGUUUGAGAAGUUGAUCCUCCGACACUGAAUGAUCUAAGAAAGAAUAUGAAGGAGCUCAGGAAGAAGAAGCUGUACGUGGUGAUGGACGUGCUGUGCGUAUUUGUCGCGGCACUGCCCUUCAUCAUCAUGACCAUUGUGUCUAAACCAUACCAAAGACACAUUUACUGUGACGAUGAGAGCAUCAUGUACCCCCUAAAACCGGAUACAAUUACCCAUGGCAUGCUGGCAGCUGUCACCAUCUCCUGCACCGUCAUCAUUAUUUCCUCUGGAGAGGCUUAUUUGGUCUACAGCAAGAGGAUUUACUCUAACUCUGACUUCAACCAGUAUGUCGCUGCACUCUACAAGGUAGUUGGAACCUUCUUGUUCGGAGCAGCUGUAAGCCAGUCACUGACAGACCUGGCCAAAUACACCAUUGGACGCCCAAGACCCAACUUCAUGGCCGUAUGUGCCCCCAAGGUCUGCACAAGAUACAUACAGACAGCAAACUGCUCUGGCAGUCCUCAGGACGUGACAGAGUCCAGUUUGUCCUUCUACUCUGGCCACUCAUCGUUUGGCAUGUACUGCAUGGUCUUUUUAGCGCUUUAUGUACAGGCUAGACUGGUGGCUAAGUGGGCCAGACUUGUCCGGCCCACCAUCCAGUUUUUCCUGGUGGCCUUCGCGGUGUAUGUGGGUUACACCCGUGUCUCUGAUUACAAGCACCACUGGAGCGACGUGCUGGUGGGGCUGCUGCAGGGAGCACUGGUUGCUGUACUCAACGUGCACUAUGUGUCAGACUUCUUCAAGAAGCGUCCUCCACGUUGCACUCGCACUAGUCAGAACACCACCGAUAGUGAGGAGCCAGAGAGGAAACCCAGCCUCCAGAUUGCUGACUCUGAGCACGGCAACCAUUACAACUACCACCACAACCCUGGCCCUGUGUGAUAGGGGCUGACCUUAUCACGGGGGAACAAAGGCUGUAGCUUGCAGACCCAAAACCUGUGGGAAAGGGCCCAAACCAGGGACAUCAACUUGGAUUGGUCUUUUUUUUUUUUUUUUUUUUUUUUAGUUCAUGGAAUAAACUUUGUUUAUCAGCAGCGUGAACUCCACAAGAGUCCUUCUGCAGACUCCUGAUGCUAUGGGAAAUGGUUCGCUCUGCUAUGUGAAAAGUCCUGUGUUUGGUGUCUUGUCAAAUUUUAGCUGUCCAGUCUCCAUCAGUCCUUUGUGAGGAAGCUUGGAAGGAAUUAAGAUAAGGGGUCUGUUGCUUGUAGCUUUCAUGCCCCCAUCUCCAUUUGCGUCAACCACUCAAACCCACCUGCUCCCCAACCACUGGAACGACGGAGGGGACUGCAUCCCACAAUCCCCUCCCAGAGACCCCCUGUUCUCCUGCACGAGAGAAAGGGGUAUAUAUCAUGUUUUAGACAUCGUCAUUGAUGUGUAGUAAAUGUAUAGACUUAAAGCUUCAUUAAGCAAAACACUCACAAAUUAAGUGUAACACUAUAGACUAUUAUCAUACAUAGUGCUUGUGCUAUAGCAUUUAAGCAUCUUAAAGGUCCAGUGUGUUAGAUUUAGAGUUAUUUAGUAGGAUCUAAUUGUAGAAAUGGAAUAUAAUAAUCAUAAUUAUAUUUUCAUUUGUGUAUGAUCACAUAAAAAUAAGAUCGGACAUGGGGGAAAGAGUGACGGUUCCAUGUUGUGCUAACAUUGUUUUACAUUAGAACAAACAUCCUCUUCCUUUUUUUCCAUUUUAUUGCAGGUGACGAUCAGCCUUGAGGUGCAUUGCUUUCAUUUACUAUCUUUGCGUGUGGACCAUAAUUAAUUUCCCCUUGACUAAAAAGUGGCGAAUGGGUAAAGUAAGCAUUGACUCUAACAUGGGAAAAAAAUGUUUGUAUUCACUUGGUUGCAAUUAGCAGGUCCACCACUAGUUGUCACUAACUGCUACACACUGAACCUUUAUUUGAAGCUACCUUAUGAAUCUUAGCCAAAUAUUUACUCCCUUGUACUUCCUUGUUUUGUACAGAGCUGGUACAAUACCUAUACCAGCUACUUGUUUAAGUAUGGGCCAUUUUGAUCUGAGCAGGUAUGGCUGUUUCUCCGGUGUUCAUUUCUGAAACUGCCCCCAGUUUAAUGUAAUGGAAGCGUGUUGGGCUUUAAACAAUAUAAUAUGUUAAAGUGAAGAGCUGAUUCUGGGAGAUUGGAAGUACUAGGGACUCAUUAGGACUUUUUGAUUGAUGCUUAAUGGAGCUUUAAUGUUUUGUUGUUUUUUUUUUUCCUGUACAUAUCAAUCAAACUAGUUAGCAAUGAUGAAAGAAAUGUAAGACAGACCAAGGAAGGCAACAAGCACAAUUUUAUAAUUCAUUCACUUUCAGUGCACCUUAAAUUGAGUACACACUCAAAGGUUAUUGUGAAUCAGGUGGAUUUGUUCUAAUUAAAAUCAGAUCAAGGUAGAUUAAUAGUUUUCCUCUGUAUGUCAAGUAAUCUUGACGGCAAAAAGCCAACAAUGUGCUUCAAAGCCUCAACCACAUUGCACCAGGCCACCCUGAGGUGUCUCUGAAACAUGUAAAAAGAUUUAUCAUUAAGGAGGUUUAUAGUGACUUGAUCUAAAAGAAGAAACUAGAUACAGUCUUUAGAGAUUAUUUUUGAUAUUUGCUGAUUGGUCUUAACUGACAUACACUGUCUGGUGACUCACACAGUUAUCCUCCUUUAUGGUGUAGUUUAGUGGUAUCAGUGGAUGUAAAGCCUCAGGAAAUCUGGCUUGUAAGAGUAAAAUGCAUUCAGUAUGAUUCCAAAGAUGAGUUUCUAAUCUACAAGAUUCUGAAUGAAGGUAAUCCUUUAAAACUAUUGUGAUUAAAAAAGGCUCAGUUUGCUGUUCAAACCAUUUAUGAGACUUAUGAGGCAUAUGCUAUUAAUUAGCUCAUUAGCUAUACCAUUACUGAGGCUAAAAGUGUUAGCAAAAUAUGUUAGCUAGUUAGCUAGCUUUAAAUAUACUUUAAUAACCUACUUAAUAACACAUCAGUAACAUAUUACAUUAUUACAUACAUACCACAGUAUUUUACAUUAGUGUACAUGUCAAGCUAGCUAGAUGUGUAUAAUUAGCUAAUAUCUAGCUAACAUAGCUAGCAGACAGAUAACGAAGAUUUUUAGAUUAAAGAUGCCAGAUUCUUUAGGUGUAAACAUGACAGCCUUGGGGUCUUCAAGGGGAGGCCAGAGUGUCUUCUGUUUCAGGGGAGUCCUGGAAGAAAUGGCUCAUUUCUUUAAAUCGUUGGUUCUUUGACAAUCAGAUGACCUCUGCAAUGAUCUUCAGCAUUUUAUUCAUCUACCAGCAACUUAAAAACUACUUGACAAGAUCUAAAAUCCAUAAAAUGAUCAUUUCACGAGACAAGUUUAGCAUGAGGUGUGGAAACAGGCGAGGCUCAUUUAUUCCAGCUCUGCAGUCUGUUGUGUACCCCAGCCCAGGACUAAACACAUGCAUUUUUAUGUCAUUUUUUCUUUUUUGUAGAAUACCAAACCCAAGAUAAAAAUAACCAAAACCAGACUGAUGUGACUGGCUCACAGUAAUACAUACACAAUCAAAGAUGAAACUUAGCUGUUAUAUUUUCAACAACAGUGAAACAAUGAUGGAAUUCUUGUCAGUAGUCUUAGUAUGUUUGAUAGUUAGCCAGUAGCUAUUAGCUAAUGGGAGCUCCGUAAGUUGGUUUGGAUAACAGACUGAGGUGUUUUUAUUAAUACUGGAGUAACUGUGUAAUUAAUCUCCAGUAUAAGUAUCCAUCCAAUUCACACCCAACAACAUGUGGGAUUUACACUGAAACUAAUUUCAAAUACAUUUAAACAUGUUUCAGUAUAUGACAUAACUGUUGUGUUUUAUGUUUCCAGGGGCUUUCAACUCACAGUGACUAUUCUUUAUGCUCAGCCUGGAUCAGUCACAAUUCCCAAAUGUAAUUGUAAUAUUUAGCCUAAAACUUGGGCCAUAUUAAGAGAUGUGACAUUUACAAAUUAUAAAUACAUGUAUUGGCUUUCCAAACUGAAUUAAGUGAUAGCUCCAUGUUUCCCCGGUGUGAAAUGGAUUGCAGAGAUAAAAACCCUGGAUAUGGAUAGCUUCAUUUUCUUCCUUGAUUCAACAGUGAUAUACCACUAUUAUAGUGCUAAUCAAAUAUUAAGAAAUUUGGCUUGCUUGUUUUCUUUUCUUUUUUUUGUGCUCAAAUACACAUUGAAGAAGGAUGAGACAGCCAUUUUGAAAAUGGUGUUUAAUUUAUUUUAAUAUAAGAAGGUCUUUAUGUUGUCUUGCAAGGUUGGAAAUGCCAGCGCUGUUGAGGUUUAUGUGCAAUCACCCCUGCUUGCCACUAUGAGCCAAAAAUACUGUACCUACUAAUGCUAUGAGACAUGUUUCAUGUUGUGUGAAGGAUGUGUAUAUAUGCCUGCAUGAUUUUAUUUCACAUUUAAGUAAGCUUUAAUUCCACCUGUAGGCCUACAGUGCUUUUUUUUGCCAACGCCACAUUGGUGCCUUCUCAGACUAGUAGUGCUUGCUGGAGUUGCCACAAAAAAAAGGAGAAAAAAAAGGGAUCUGAUUCCAGGUCCAAACAUAAGCCAGAUGCCUUGGCAGGGCUUUUAAAGACCUGUUGUAGUGAUAAAGGGUUACAUACCCAAAGCUAGUAACACUGCUCCAUUUCCACUUCAAAGACUCGUCCAUGUGUCCCACCCCCCUUUCCUGUGUUGAUACGUGAGGUUAAUUUGUGAAUAAGGUUCCCUGUACAGUUCUUACAGCACACAGACUCUGGAAGGACUAACAGGAGAUCAGACAGACCACAGACCUGAUAGGAGUAGACAGGAAGACAGUCAGGAUCUCACCUGGAAAUGAUUGUGAGGCCCUUAAAGCUGAGCUGAGACUUUCAGGGGUGGGGUUAGGGUUAUCCCAUAAUGAACCUUGGUCCCUGGGGUCUUCUACACAUUUAAAACAGAUUUAUAACAAGAAACAGCUGGAACCAGUUGUGGUGAAGUGCUGUGCAAGCCCUGUUGCCUGCUCUGUACGUCUAAAUCAUCCCUGCAUUAACUCCAGCCCAAAUGAGGAUGAGGAUGUAGAAACAUUGUACUUUUUUGUUUCCCCUUCAGGUUUGUUCUCAGUUGGUGAUGUGGCUCCAUACGUUACUCUGCUUUCUUUAGUCUAGUGCCUUAAAUAUGCACUGUUUGGUCAAUCUCUUGUUUAUAUGUCAACGUGUUGGUUUGAUUCAUGUUGUGUUCAUUUAUGUAUAGAUUAUAUCUAUAGUCUCAAACCCAGAGAGUUUUAAAUAAAAAUAUAAUCCACA